AUGAGCGGCGAGUUUACGGCGUUCUUUUAUGGGACUCUGAUGGCCCCUGAGGUCUUUUUCAGCGUCUGCUACGGCACCACUAACCCCCCAAAGGCAUUCCGCAGCCUUCACACAUUCAUUCCCGCCAUCCUCAAGGACCAUAGCCGUCACCGAGUGCAGUAUGCCGACUACCCAGCUGUAAUCGCGGAGAAGGGACACAGCGUGCGAGGCAUUCUCGCAACUGGCCUGACCUCUGCCAACCUUCACAAGCUGGAUGAAUUUGAGGGGUCAGAAUACGAGCGUGUGAAGGUCAAGGUAGAGGUGCUGGACCAGCAAGGAGGCAAGGAGGUUGUUACAGACGUGAAGGAGACGUCGGUUUAUAUUUUUCUUGUCCCGCAAGACCUAGAGAAGCGCGAGUGGGACUUUGAAGAAUUCCGCCGAGAGAAAAUGGGCAUGUGGACUCGAGGCGACUGGGCGUACAGUGAUGGCCCCGACGAGGCGGCUUUGAAAAGCGCUGCUUGA